AUGAGAUCCGACAGGCUGGAUGCGGUGCCGAAAUUGGCAGCCGUACCCACGCGUGAAAUACGUCGUUGGGGGAAGUGCGACGGGGGCACACGAUGGACAGGCGGUGUGAAUACACUCUCGGUGGUGCGUGCGGCAAUAGCCUGUGUAGUUUUGCUGUGCUACGGUGUGGACGGCGUGAUGUCGGAGGAAGGCCGGGCACAGGAGCGAGUGAAGAUUCUGGAACUUCGAGUCCCCUCUAUGUCAUUGUCCCCGGCUCUCUAUAACGCCAUGAAUGCUGGAUUCAAUGCGUCACUGUGGUCACGUAACUAUACACUGGCGGAUGGCUUCCGUGUGGAAAGGAUUGUGAAGGAAAUGGAGGUUCAUGGCGGUGCUGAUGCAAUUAAAGAAGCAAUGAAGGAACACAAGGACAUUCUUCUUCUGCAGGGACCCGUCGGCGAUGAGCCUUUAUACCACUCACUCGCUGCGCUUAAAGAACACGACCUGGUAUCAUUUGCUCCGCUUACUGGAUCUAGCAUCGUACGGAACUGGAAUCCUCACCUCUACUUUGUGCGCACUGACCCCGCUGCUGAGCUGCUGGCCCUCAUCCACUACGCCGUUAACGAGCUUAGGAUGUGGCGGUUGGGAUUCAUGUACCUGCAGAACGUGUCGUUUGGGGAUUAUGAGUACACGCGCACCUUAGAUCUUUUGAAUGACAUGGAUUAUGAGCUCUGUGGUGUUUUUACUCUCAAGAGCUCUCUGACAAAAUCUACCGACGAUGGUGUGUUCAAUGCCACGUGGGAGGAGUUCGCGGCGACACGCCCGCAGGCUGUGAUUGUGUUCGGUGCACCUCUGAAGGACACUGCGAAGUUCGUUACGCGGAUGCUGACGGAUGAGCGUACAGCUGGUGCAUGCCUACUUCUCCCUGGAACGUUACAGGACGGUUUGCUUGAGACGUGGCGCGAAGCUGUGAAUGGUGGCGCUCCCUUUAUUCCCGGUCAAGUCAUCACGACAGGUACGAACCCACUUGCGAAGGACACGCAGUACGAGGCAAUCAAACGCUUUCAGACUGUGAUGGAGAGAUACCUGGCGAGCGAAGAGAAUAAGGUGUACAACAGCACCAAGCACUUUCUGGAGAACGACAACGACGGUGAAAUGAUGGUUGCUGGUUGGAUUGACGGUGAGGUGCUGUGGAAGGCGCUGAACAGCCACAGGUGGGCGAGGGAGAGGGGGUCUUUCAGACGUUCGAUUCUCAGCCAACGCCGGUAUUUGAUCGAUGAUCUUGUGAUUGGCGACUACGGUGGUGAUUGCAGUGCCACUGCUGCAGAAGAGGGUGCUAUCUGCCGCUGCAAUCAGGGUGGGCGGACGGUCUACAUGAAGCGGUUUGUGGAGGGGUACCGCGCUGAGAAGAUAAUGAGCGGGGAACUGACGCUUCCUUUCUUAAAGUGCUACACAGGAGACAUUCGCCUGUACCCACCAUUGAAUGGGAUUUUUUUCCUGAUGACUGACGAUACCUAUGCGAUGAGGGCAACGCUCGGCAUGAGAGCAGGUGCAAGUGCUGCGCUGCAGGGUUGGUCGAACGCCAUGAAUACACGGAUUGCUGUUCUUCAGAUAAUAAAUACCUCUACAGCUGAUGCAAAGACAACACUGAGGGAUGAGGAGGAGAGAAAGCGCACCCAUGCCGUAUGUGGUGUGAUGACAGAGGAGAUGCUCGAUGACGAAACGGUGGUAUUCAUCGACCCACAGAAUCUUCAUCCACAUCUGAACAAGUUUCGCCGACGCGUUAUCCGACUUUCAACAACGCUGGAGCAGGAGUUCUUUGUGCUUGCGCAGUACCUCGGCAACACGACCAGCGCCAACACGACCAGCGCCAACACUCACGCUGUGAUCCGCAGCGGUGAGGCUGCUGCAGUGGUGAAUGUGUUGCGGCGUUCACUUGUGACGUUUGGUGGGUCGCUGUGGUCCUCUGCGCUGCUGGCUGGUGGUGACGCGCUGGGGGACUACCUGCCACACGAUGGCGAUGUAUUCGUUGUGGGCCUUGCUGCUGCUGAUAUCUCUGUGAUCGCGGUGCACCUGGCGAAGCACAGCAGUGUGCGUGUGUUUGUACUGUGGUCGGAAGUCUCGUUGUUCUACGAUGAGUUUGUUGCUGCGUUCAAUGGGAGUGCGGCUGCUGCUGGGCGCCUUGCGUUCGCGACGAGCCUGCCGCACUGGGCAGACGAGAGCACGACGUCUGAGACGGUGCAGCGGUUCCACGCUGCUGUGAAGGACAAGAGAGAAUGGACGCCCUUGACGCUGAGGGCGUUUGCCAGUACACUGCUUUUGAAAACAGUUCUCUCUCGGAUGGAUCUGGUGAACGCUGACGCCGUGAUUGAUUUCUUCUACAAGAAUGUUGUCGUCGUUGUGGGCGAUAUUGUGUACGGACCCUUCAAGGACGGCAAGAGGUGCGGCAGUCCGAAGAAUGUGAACGGGAACGAGUGUGCUGUGAACUAUGGUGCGAGGCACAUUUCUGUGUGGUCGAUGGCCCGUGUGGUGGACCCCUCAGUGCCUGAGCUGUUCCCCGCUGUGACGCCGUCGAUGGAGUACACGGGAUUCCCUGAGGAGAGGUUUUUAAGUGACCAAUUCAUCGCUAUCAUCGUUGGCUCUGCCACGGGUGUACUGUUGGCUGCAAUAAUCGUGGGCCUUUUGUGCCGCCAGAGAGACGCCCGUGACAACAACAACGCCCCGAAGGAGACCACAGACCCCGUGACGCUUGUGUUCACUGACAUCGAGAGCAGCACUGCGCUGUGGGCUGCGUGCCCCGAGAUCAUGCCUGACGCUGUGGCGACGCACCACCGGCUGAU